UUUCUUCUGCGCUGGUAACAUCCCAUUGGACGGGAACGUACCCGUUACUCCGUCUCUUUCCCGCUGAAGAAUGAGGGUGAAAUCGCACCACUUGUCAAUGCGUCUAGCCAGGCCUCAUUCGGGAGGGGAAAGCAAGACGUGUCCAUACCAUCUCGCCCUCGUGCUGCACAAGGGGAGCUUUGGAGUUCUUCCUGCAGGUGGCCUGGACCCAGUCUAGGUAUUAUUGGUUACAUAUCGAAAAUCCCGCUCCCUUCGAAUACGUGCCUUCCCAACAGAGAGGACGAUGAAGCGGAGUUUCUGGAUGUGCUGGGUAGAGACAUUGGGAGGGCCCGGAUCAUUGCUUGUGUUGACAAACUUAGCGUUAUGCUACUGGCGACUUCAAAAGACACAUCGACACCCCUCGCUCCUCAGACACGUUCGGGACGCUGCUAAUUUGCCUGUGCGACAUGAAGGAGGUCAGCUUGUGGUCAGAGCACCAGUAGCGGAAAGCAGCAACACUAGCCUGGACCGCAAGGAGUAUACUACUCAGUGGGGAAGUGGUGCAAAUUUCGAGUGGAUAGCCUUCUUUUCUGAUUGUGAACCUGAAGUUUUGCUGGUCACGAGCAGCCAUCGAGUGACGCUUUCGUACACGCUCUCGUUCGACAGGACCAGUAACGAUAAUGCAUCAUUUGGCGCUGAAAUCUUGGCUGAAUCCUUGGGUCCCAAUCUCAAUUUCAGUCCACUACACGACGCACUCGCUGCUCCUGUUAUUUCACCAAAGAACACCCUUGUCUAUGCUUCUAUCUCGAACAUCAAUAUCCCGGCAAAAGCGUGUGUAGAUUUAGUCAAUCACAAGCUCAAAGGUCGUGAUGCAGUUCUUUAUCACAUGCUAAUUCAAACGGCCUCAUCGUCACCUUUCACCACGUCCUCUUCCCCGAGCCACCGUAUCGCGAUAUUGCUGCUGAAGAUGAGGACACCCAAGAUCAAAUUCAUGCAAUACUCCCUCCAUUUGACAAACCCAGCGCGUGGUGUAGUAUACAACACGGCGUAAACGGAUUCAUCCGUGUCCAUAAGGGUUGGAGCCCUCGGGCGCCAGGGAUCAUCGAGGUGAAUGGAGAUCCCAAAGGGUUCAUUUAGGCUGGUUGGCGACGGAGUAUGGCACUGUAUGCAUGGUGACAACCCUGCAAAGAUUCGAUGUUGAUGAGCCUUGGAGGCAUCAAA